AUGUCAGGCCAGUUAGUUCAAUGGAAAAGCUCUCCAGAUCGAGUCACCCAAAGCGCUAUAAAGGAAGCACUGCAUUCUCCCUUGGCUGAUGGCGACAUGAACGAAAUGAAUGUUCCCGUUGAUCCGUUGGAAAACAAGGUAAAUAGCACAAACAUAAUCGAAGGAAGUCCCAAAGCAAAUCCAAAUCCUGUCAAGUUUAUGAAUACAAGUGAGAUAUUUCAAAAAUCUCUGGGAUUACUUGACGAGAGUCCAAGACAUGAUGAUGAGUUAAAUAUUGAAGUAGGAGAUAAUGAUCGACCAAAUGCUAACAUAUUGCAUAAUGAAAGGACUCCUGACCUUGACCGAAUUGCUAACUUUUUCAAAAGCAAUCGAACCCCUGGUAAAGAAAAUCUUUUGACCAAAUAUCAAAGCUCCGAUCUGGAAGACACUCCUCUGAUGUUAAGAAAAAAAAUGACUUUUCAAACUCCAACUGAUCCAUUGGAACAGAAAACCUUCAAAAAGUUGAAGUCAGAUACUGGGUUUUGCUAUUAUGGAGAGCAGAAUGAUGGAGAAGAAAAUGCGUCAUUAGAAGUUACAGAGGCGGAUGCCACUUUUGUACAGAUGGCUGAACGUUCUGCUGAUAAUUAUGACUGUGCAUUGGAAGGAAUUGUUACACCUAAAAGAUAUAAAGACGAAUUAAGUAAAAGUGGAGGAAUGCAAGAUGAACGAGUUCAAAAAACUCAAAUCAUGAUAUCAGCAGAAUCACCUAAUUCGAUAAGCUCUUAUGACAAGAACAAAAUUACCGGGAAUGGCCGGACCACAAGAAAUGUAAACAAGGUUUUUAACAAUAACGAAGAUAACAUAGGAGCUAUCGAGGAAAAAAAUCCAGUAAAAAAGAAAAGUGAGAACUAUUCAUCAGAUGAUCUCAGAGAACGGAACAAUCAAAUAAUACAAAGUAAUGAAUCAGAGGAGAUUAACGAAUUGGAAAAGAAUCUGAAUGUUUCGGGUAGAGAGAAUGACGUGAACAAUUUAGAUAUCGAUAUUAAUAGUGCUGUGUCUGGCACCCCUUCACGCAACAAUGCGGAAGAAGAAAUGUAUUCCAGUGAGAGUGUAAACAAUCGGGAACCAUCCAAGAAGUGGAUAUUCCGAUACUCAAAAGACAAAACGGAAAAUAAUAGCAAUAGAUCUACGCAAAUAGUCAAUAAUCCAAGAACACAGGAAAUGCCUUUAGAUAGUAUUUCAAUCGAUACGCAACCCUUAUCUAAAAGUUUCAAUACCGAAACAAAUAAUGAAUUAGAGACACAGAUAAUUGUUUCAUCGCUUUCCCAAGGCAUAUCUGCUCAGAAGGGACCUGUUUUUCAUUCUACUGGCCAGACAGAAGAAAUAAAAACCCAAAUAAUAAAUUCUCCUGAACAAAAUGCUUUGAAUGCAACCUUUGAAACUCCCGUUACUCUUUCUCGGAUUAAUUUUGAACCCAUAUUGGAAGUUCCUGAGACUAGUUCACCAUCUAAGAAUACGAUGUCAAAACCCUCGAAUUCUUCACCUAUUCCGAAGGAAAAAGAUACAUUUAAUAUACACGAGAGAGAAGUAGAGACAAACAAUGUUUUUUCAAACGAUAUACAAAAUUCUUCAAAUGCAGCUACCAGAGAUGACAUUAUCAUAGCCGGUUCAUCUGAUUUCAACGAACAAAAGGAAAUAACCGAUAGAAUAUACUUACAACUUUCAGGAAAGCAAAUAUCUGAUUCAGGAAGUGAUGAAACAGAACGUAUGUCCCCAAAUGAGCUUGAUACGAAAAAGGAAAGUACAAUCAUGAGCGAGGUUGAACUAACCCAAGAACUGCCUGAAGUUGAAGAGCAGCAAGAUCUUCAAACGUCUCCAAAAAAGCUGGUAGUCGAGGAAGAAACUUUAAUGGAGAUAAAAAAAAGCAAGGGGAACUCACUUCAGCUUCAUGAUGAUAAUAAAGAAUGCAAUUCAGAUAAACAAGAUGGCACAGAGUCUUUGGAUGUAGCUUUGAUUGAACACGAAAGCAAAGGACAGAGCUCAGAACUUCAGAAAAACCUCAUGCAAUUAUUUCCAAGUGAGUCACAGGAGAUUAUUCAGAACCGAAGAACAAUAAAGCGACGUCAAAAAGAUACAAUAGAGAUCGGUGAAGAGGAGGAGAACAGAAGCACUAAGACAUCACCGACAAAACACCUCAAAAGAAAUUCAGAUUUGGAUGCUGCUUCUAUCAAAAGGGAACCGUCUUGCAGCAUUACCAUACAAACAGGGGAGACAGGUUCGGGCAAAGACUCUAAAGAACAGUCUUACGUGUUUCCUGAAGGUAUUAGAACGGCAGAUAAUAGUUUCUUAUCGAAAGACGACAUAAUUUUUGGAAAUGCGGUAUGGUGUCAGUAUACGUGGAAUUACAAAUUUUAUCCGGGUAUUUUAUUGGAAGUUGACACUAAUCAAGAUGGCUGUUGGAUUUAUUUCGAAACAGGAAGAUCGCUAACCAAAGAUGAGGACAUCUACUACUUAGAUAUUAGAAUAGGGGAUGCUGUUACCUUUGAUGGAAAUGAGUACGUAGUCGUUGGUCUAGAAUGUCGUAGCCAUGAUCUCAACAUAAUAAGAUGUAUUCGAGGAUAUGAUACGGUUCAUUUGAAAAAAAAAAAUGCAAGCGGAUUGUUGGGGAAAAGGACGUUAAUUAAAGCACUAAGCUCGAUCAGUCUUGACCUAAGCGAGUGGGCUAAAAGAGCGAAGAUCAUAUUAGAAGAUAAUGAGAAAAAUAAAGGCGACGCGUAUAGGUACUUGAGACAUCCCAUUAGGGGAAGGAAAUCAAUGACCAAUGUUCUGUCUCCGAAGAAACAUACUGAUGACGAAAAGGACAUAAAUACGCAUACUGAAGUGUACAAUAACGAAAUAGAAUCGAGCUCCGAAAAGAAGGAAAUUGUUAAAAAGGAUUCUAGAGACGCAUUAGCUGAACAUGCAGGAGCGCCAAGCCUGCUUUUUUCUUCUGGUGAAAUCAGAACAGGGAAUGUAUUUGAUAAAUGUAUUUUUGUUUUGACAAGCCUAUUCGAAAAUAGAGAGGAACUUCGACAGACCAUUGAAUCGCAAGGCGGCACUGUAAUUGAGUCAGGAUUUUCCACUUUAUUUAACUUCACUCAUCCGCUAGCUAAAUCUUUAGUCAAUAAAGGUAAUACAGAUAAUAUUCGAGAAUUGGCCUUGAAGCUAGCCUGGAAACCUCAUUCCCUAUUUGCAGACUGCAGAUUUGCUUGCCUAAUCACAAAACGGCAUUUAAGAAGCUUAAAGUACUUAGAAACUUUGGCGUUGGGGUGGCCUACACUACACUGGAAAUUCAUAAGUGCAUGCAUUGAAAAGAAAAGAAUAGUACCACAUUUAAUAUACCAAUACCUAUUACCUUCGGGUGAAAGUUUUCGGUUAUCGUUAGAUUCUCCAUCAAAGGGAGGAAUCAUUAAAUCCAACAAUAUUUUUUCAUUUUAUACACAAUUCUUACGCGGAUCUAAUUUAAGAGAUCAGAUAUGUGGAGUGAAGAAAAUGUUAAAUGACUACAUUGUUAUUGUUUGGGGUAGAUCUGAGUUGGACAGUUUUGUCAAAUUUGCUUUUGCAUGUUUGAGCGCAGGUAGAAUGCUUACAAUUGAUUUACCCAAUAUUGAUGUAGAUGAUACAGAGCCAUUGUUAAAUGCCUUAGAUUCUUUAGUACCCAGAAUAGGAUCAGAAUUAUCUAAUCGAAAGUUAAAGUUUCUCAUAUAUGCUAACGAAAAUAAUGGUAAAUCUCAGAUGAAGCUUCUCGAAAGAUUGAGAAGUCAAAUAUCACUGAAAUUUAAGAAAUUUAAUUACAUAUUUCACACUGAAUCUAAAGAAUGGCUAAUUCAGACAAUAAUUAACGAGGACACUGGUUUUCACGAUGAUAUUACGGACAAUGAUAUAUACAACACUAUUUCUGAGGUUAGAUGA